CGCAGCGGUAGGGGGAGGCCUGAGCGCCAGCGCGGCGCUUUCUGUGAGAUUCUGCAGUAUACUUUGCAGUUUUUGCCAGCUUCUGAGAGAUUGAAUCUAUCAGGACCUGUGGCCAAACAACUCCACAAAAAGAGCCAGCCUCAGAACAAAGAUGAAUAUCGGGAAAGCUUACAGUACAUCUAACAUCAGCAAUGGAACAGACCUAACUAUUGGCUUUACCUCUUCCGCGAUAGCUGUCUUUCUAUUUGGGACAAAUUUUGUGCCUGUUAAGAAAUUUGAUACUGGUGAUGGUAUGUUCUUCCAAUGGAUUCUCUGUGCCUCUAUAUGGAUAGUUUCUUUGGUGGUCAAUUUAAUGCAGAAUUGCCCCCGCUUUUGGCCCUUGGCUAUGGUUGGGGGCUUUGUGUGGGCCACAGGCAAUGUUACAGUUGUCCCUAUUGUUAAAACUAUUGGUUUAGCUCUUGGUCUCUUGAUAUGGGCUUCUUUUAAUUUGCUAACAGGUUGGGCAAGUUCAAGGUUUGGUUGGUUUGGAAUUGACCCAGAAGAAGUAUCAAGACCAAUAUUAAAUUAUAUUGGAGCUGGGCUUUCACUAUUAAGUGCUGUCAUAUUUCUUUUUAUAAAAACUGACGUCCAGAGCUCUCCAGCUUCAUUAGAAAGCACGCCUUUGCUGAGAGAAAAUUCUAUUAAUGUUUCUGAAGAUCCUUCCGAUGACUCAUGGGUGAACAGACUUUCUCCAGCAAAAAAGAGACUCGUAGGAUGUAGCCUGGCUGUAGUAGCUGGAGUACUCUACGGUUCCAGUUUUGUACCAGUACUUUACAUCAAGGAUCAUGGAAGAAGAAAUGCAACCAUAUAUGCAGGAGCAAGUCAAUUUGAUUUAGAUUAUGUUUUUGCACACUUCAGUGGAAUAUUUCUUACAAGUACGAUCUACUUUUUGAUCUACUGUGCAAUCAGGAAAAAUAAGCCUAAUGUUUAUCCCCAAGCCAUAUUGCCAGGGUUUGUUUCUGGUGUGCUUUGGGCCAUCGCCAAUUGCUGCUGGUUCAUAGCCAAUCACUAUCUCAGUGCUGUGGUCAGCUUUCCAAUAAUUACUGCAGGUCCUGGCCUUAUUGCUGCCAUGUGGGGAGUCCUUGUGUUUAAAGAAAUCAAGGGACUGAAAAACUACAUGUUACUCUCAGUAGCAUUUUGCAUCAUUUUGGCUGGUUCACUCUCCACAGCUUUUUCUAAGGUUUGAAAGGAUCUUCUGGGCCAGUAGAUGGUGCUGCUGUUUAGCAUAACCAGAGAGACAUCGGUCUCUCACAAGGCAUCACCGUUUUUAAAAGGAAUGUCCAGCAUUUACCCUAACUUGAAGAAAGAAAACCUUUGCUGAAUGCUCCAGUUUGACAUGAAAGAAAAUCUCAAAAUGUUUGUUUCUGCUUUUCUUGGAACAAUAAGAAUAUGAAAUGAUUUUAUUAAAUAAAACUAGAUGAUUUUAUUGUUACUAUUGUUACUAUUGUUGUGGAGUUUAUUCCAGUUCAAAUACUAGACUUGUCAUCAUAAAUUGCAGUUCACUGCUUUGAUGCUGGAUAAAUGGGUUGUAAUUCUCACUCUGUAAUACUCUAUAUAAUUGCAAACUGAUUUGUUUUAAUAUUCUGUCUUACUUGAAUAAAAAAUAUGCCAUGAAAUAUUCUUUAUGGAACUGA